UUGAUAUUGAUACAUAGAAUCAAUGUUUGAAGAAGACGUGCAUGGUCCGUGCGCAGAUUGUAUUUCAAUAUUUUUUGUUAGAUCUGCGUUUAUAUCAAAUUAAAAAACAAUUCGUGGUCUGAAAAAUGAGUGAGAAUAAAAUUGACAUCGGCAUACUGGAAGAAAAAUGUAGUUGGCUCUUGCAUCCUCGAUUUUUUCCGAGUAAAAUCGGUGGCAAACCUGCAUGGCUGGAUCUUCAAAACUUGCCUAUACCUUUUGUGCUGUCUUGUAAAAAGUGUAAAGACCCAUUAGUAUUUUUGUGUCAAAUUUAUGCCCCAUAUGAAGAAGACGAAAAUAGUUUUCAUCGGACAAUUUUUAUUUUCAUAUGUAGAAAUGGACCAUGCUGUCAGCCAAAUUCUUCUGAAAAUUUCUUGGUCCUCCGUUGCCAACUUCCUCGAAAGAACCCUUUUUAUUCAUAUGAGCCGUAUGAAGAGAAUGAAAAUGAGGUUUUUCCAAUGGACAAGUGGGCCAAUUUAUGUGAUGUUUGUGGCAUCAAAGGUCCUUCUCAUUGUGCAAAAUGUAAAAAAGUUUAUUACUGCAGUCGUAAACACCAGAUUUUGGAUUGGCAGAAAGGACAUAAGGAAUAUUGCUCUGUUGUACAACAGAAUCCUACUUCAUGUAAAAUUAACAACUUUAUUGUAACAGAAUCAGGUAAAUCUAUUUUAUUCAAGGAGUGGGAACUUAUUGUUGAUGAAGAAGAUGAGGAAGAUAAGGACAAUGUGGAUGUGAAUCAUGAAAUGGAAAAAUUGAGAAAACUAAUGCAGGAAAAGAAGGCAGGCAGUUUAGACAAUGUUAGUGAUACUGAAUUGGAGCAGUAUACUAGGCCAUUGCCAGAAGAUAAAGUUUUCAAUAAAUUCAGCAAGAGAGUUGCAAGGCAUCCGGACCAAGUCCUAAGAUAUGAUAGAGAUGGACAUCCUUUAUGGAUUACAGGAAAUUCUGAUAGUUUCAUAGAUAUACCAAAAUGUCAGUACUGUAAUGGUGAAAGACAAUUUGAAUUUCAGAUCAUGCCACAGUUACUUAACUUUAUCGAUGUUGGUAUAGACUUAAACAGUAUAGAUUGGGGAGUGUUAGCAGUCUACACCUGUAAAAGAAGUUGUAAUGGGGGACCCAGCUAUAAGGAAGAAUACAUAAUAAAACAAGAUUUAACAAACUAAUACACAUAUUUUUACUAAAUAAAUAAUUAUUU